AUGACUCGCCAGGCAUCUAAGAUUGCUGAAGUGAACAAAACUGCCAAGGAGUUUGGUCUGAGGAUCAAAGUUCCUGCUGGAAGAAUUCUGUCUGAGCACACCGCUCAGCGGGAAGAAGCAGAUCAGGUGCUGGGGAAGAACCAAGAAGACCUCUCCCGUCCUGAAGAAACCCCCACCAGUAGCUCGUUGCCUCGCACUAAAUCAGUUGAUGCCUCUGCUGAAGAAGGAAGGACUUGUGACUUCGAAGUUGAAGCCACUCGUGAUUUGAAUGUCAAUGAUGCAGAAACUGAUGCAGAUGCCCCAGUGCCCACGCCAGAAGUCCGUAUGAAGAAAGCUGUUGAGAAGAAGAGUGUUGCACCGUCCGAACCGUCCGACCCAAGUUCCUCGAGUGAUGAGGAGGAAGAAGAAGAGAAGAAGGAAGAAGAGAAAGAACCCGCGCAAGAGUCUGAUGAUCUGAUGGAGAUUGAUCGUUUGCCGGAAGAUCUGCUGAAGACUGCGCCGAAAAAGAAAUGA